AUGGUUACAGAAACAAAACUGAGACUGAGGAUAUGCCUUGGCUCUGAAGUCAAUCAAUCCAGGAAGAAGCGUAAAGCUGAAGAGCAGCGUGAUGAUGAUCUGGAAAAUACGAAGAAGCAAAAGCUGGAUGUGGAUGGCGAGUCGUCGUCGUCCAUGUAUGAUAUGUGUCUAAAGGUACUAAAAUCGAUGAGAGACGAAUGGUUUGGUUCGCGUUUCGAGGAGCUUGUCAUUGAAAACCCUAAUUACUUCUCUGUUAUAUCAAAGCCAAUGGACUUCGUCACGAUCAAGUCCAAACUCGCCAAGAAUCUCUACGUCAGUAUUGCUAAAGAGUUUCCCAAAGAUGUUCGAUUGGUCUAUGAGAAUGCGAUUCGUUAUUAUCCUCCUGAGAAUUCGCUUCACAAGAACGCUAAGAAGCUUAUGAGGGUUUUCGAGGUCAGAUGGGAACCGGUGAUUAAGAAGAAAGCUUGUGAGAGCUUUUACUUGGACCAAAAGGUUUCAUCUCUUUCGAAAAGUCCAGCAGUACUGAAAGAGGAUAAGCCUGAGACUGAGAGCAAAUUCGAUCCGAAGGCUCUUCGUGCGGCAGCAAUCAGGAUUCGAUUUGCAGAUACUAUCGCGAAAGCCAGAUAUAGAAAGGAGCUCAUUGACGAGAGUGGUGGCAGUAACAACAAGGCUGAUGUGAUGAUGGGAAUGCAGAAAGCAAAGCAACUUUUAGAAACAAGGCAACGUGAAGAGGAAGCUAGAAUUGAAAGUGAGACUAGAGCCGCCAGGUUGAAAGUGCUAUGCAGGGAACGGCUUGCACUAGAGGAGUUGGCAGAAGAAGCCAAAUUCAAUGUUGUAAACAACUUGGAAACAGAGAAGGACAUGGUCAAACUCUGUGGUGGAUCCUAUCUGGCAAGAACUCGGAGCCUUCAAGAGCUUGGUCUGCGUUUAAUAUUUGAGGAUUAUUGGCCGGAACUUGAAGAGAUUAAGGAGGAAGGAGAGAUCUAG